AGCGCCUGCCCUUUCUUCACGUCUUUCUUCGCCACAACUACACCCACAGAAGGGAAGGUGCGGCUGCGAAUGAGUUGCCCAGCAUCCGAUGUGCUCGACUGCUGCGAGGAGGCGUUUCUCUUCGACCUCGCCCGCGAAGACGUGUGGCUGUUCAGCAGGGACGAUGACGGCGUCGCCGCCUCGGCCACCGCGAAGGCCUCUGCGGCCCCUCCGCCAUCCUCGCACUUAUCUUCCGACGAUGCCACAACGCACAGUCGUGUAGCUUCGGUGAGGUGGUCCACUCUGCAGGUGCUCCUCCGACACGCGGCGCGCAGCUGUGCUGCAUUCUCCAGCGGCCACGAGGUGGACGACUACGUUGUGUCAACGCUGCUGGCAGCGAAGCCGUGCGAGGCGGCGGCGGCGGUGGCUGCGCGGGAGCGUGUUGUUGGGCAGCUGGUGCCCACGCCUGAACUGGUGCGCAUCGUGUCGCGCGCCGGGCCGCUUCAGCCUUCCGCACUGGCGAACGUGAGGCACGUUUUUCGUGCUCUUUUAGAAACAGAGACGGCGAUGGCGGUGGUGGUAAAGGAGGCGCGAGCUGCCCGACUCGCGCUGGAGUCGGCUGAGCAGUCUGAAUGGGCAGACGCGCUGUCGGCGGCACGGCGCAGUCAGCGGCUGUGGCGGUACGAGCGUGUGCUUCACCAGCAGCAGGCGGCGCAGCAGCACGUCAUCGCCACGCUCCGGAACACCCUUUUAUGGAAGCCAACGCAUGCGCCUUCUCCUAUUGAACUGAAAGCAACGGAAGCACGCGCGUCAGCAUUGGAAAGCGAAGCCCGUCUCCGGUACCUAAACGACGUGGUGGGUGGACAGCUACGUCAGUCCCGCGCAGACGUGCAGCUCAUUCAGGAGGCGGUACGGGUGACUGGCGCGUCACUGCAGUCCUCUACGUGGUGCCGUGAGCCGAUGCAGCAGAGCAUCGCCGCGUACACGGCACGGCUGGAUGGCCGUGUUGCGUCGGUCGCGGCGCAGGUGGCGAAGGCGCGUGCAUCUGUCUGCAGACUGCGUCGUGUGAGGGCUGGCCGUCGUUUGGUGGCAGCGCUGCGGCGUGACCCCCCCUUACCACAGCCGCCGCUGUCCUCGCCAAAGACGAAUCAUCUUGACCCCUCUCUUCUCCUUCCUUCUUCGCCGUCGGUGGCCGUUGAAACGCUGCUGCAGUGCACACCGCUGAGAAGGGCACCGCUCGAGGGGGGUGCAGCAGAGCCGGACGUGGAGGAGAUUGCCCAGUGCCUGUACGUCAGCGUGGCGGUGCUCCGCAGCGCGUUGGAGCUGCACGAGGCGUCCACGAGGCCGGAAAUAUCAUCGGAAGCGACGGCCACGACGGCGAUGAUCGCCGCUGCACGUGAUGGCCCUGCACCGCCGGUCGUUGACUUUCCAUCGUUUGAUUACUUCGCCGAGUUUUGCGACGUCUACCCGUUGGGGGCUGAUGUAGAAACGCGGUGGGGUGUCUUCUCUUGCUACGCGGCGGCGGUGGCGGAUGGGCGGGUCGGGGCAGCGCCGCCGAGUCCAUCGUGCGUGACUCCGUGGUUUAGUGGGCACCGCAUGCACUACGACGGGUUCCAUCGGUUCCUGCAUGACUUGACGCGGUGCGCCGACGUGUCGGGCCGCGAGGACGCAGAUGCAAGGAGUUUAAGGAGUUUUUUGACGGAGGCGCUGCUGCCGCGGUGGGUGACGGCUCAUGUUUUUCCAGGGAUAGAGCGGGCGGCGCCUGCGCCGUGA